CUCCAGCCUCGCCAAUCGCCGAGGAGGACAACUUGCCAACCUGGGAAGACCCAAUGCUAUCCCACAAUGCCACCCGGCCGCGUUUGAAGACGUCUGCGCGGCAAUGGCCGCUGUCUGAGCAUGCGCACUGGGCCGGCCUGGGAUGAGGACAGGCGGUCGGGGCAGCGGAGGAUGGUAAAGAAGCGCCUGGCGGCUCUGUUCAGUGGCAUUAAUCGAAGGACGAUGAAACUCCUGAUCGCACUCGCACUGCUCGCUUACGUAGCCUCUGUGUGGGGAAACUUUGUCACCAUGAGAUCAUUGCAAGAAGAAGGAGAACAAAAAAUUGAGAGGAAAAUAGAAGAGGCUAUGAUGCCCUUGAAGGAAAAAAUUAGAGAAAUAGAAACAAGUAUGUUACAAAAAUAUCCUCCAGUAAAAUUCCUUUCCGAAAAGGAUCGCAAAAGAAUUCUCAUAACUGGAGGAGCUGGAUUUGUAGGUUCCCAUCUUGCUGAUAAACUCAUGAUGGAUGGCCAUGAAGUAACUGUCGUUGACAACUUUUUCACAGGACGGAAGAGGAACGUUGAACAUUGGAUUGGUCAUGAAAACUUUGAAUUAAUCAAUCAUGAUGUGGUAGAACCAUUAUAUAUUGAAGUGGAUCAGAUUUAUCAUCUGGCUUCACCAGCAUCUCCUCCAAAUUAUAUGUAUAAUCCAAUCAAGACACUGAAGACAAAUACAAUUGGGACAUUAAACAUGUUGGGAUUAGCAAAACGAGUUGGUGCACGCCUCCUAUUAGCUUCUACAUCUGAGGUAUAUGGAGAUCCAGAAGUUCAUCCACAACGUGAAGAUUACUGGGGUCAUGUAAAUCCUAUUGGACCAAGAGCCUGUUAUGAUGAGGGGAAAAGAGUAGCUGAAACAAUGUGUUAUGCUUACAUGAAGCAGGAAGGAGUAGAAGUUCGGGUUGCCCGAAUAUUCAAUACAUUUGGUCCUCGCAUGCAUAUGAAUGAUGGCAGAGUAGUGAGUAACUUUAUUCUACAGGCUCUCCAAGGAGAAGGUCUGACAGUUUAUGGUUCAGGUUCUCAGACUAGGUCUUUCCAAUAUGUGAGUGAUCUUGUGAAUGGAUUAGUGGUUUUGAUGAACAGUAAUGUCAGCAGUCCUGUUAAUGUGGGAAACCCAGAAGAACACACCAUUCUGGAAUUUGCCAAAUUAAUUCGGAGCCUUGUUGGGAGCAGAAGUGAAGUCCUGUCACUUCCAGAAGCACAAGAUGAUCCCCAACGAAGAAAUCCAGAUAUCAGAAAAGCCAAGCUAUUACUGGGAUGGGAGCCUGUGGUUCCCCUGGAAGAAGGCCUAAAUAAAACAAUUGACUACUUCCGUAAAGAACUAGAAUAUCAGGCAAAUAAUCAAUAUAUCCCAAAACCCAAACCUGCUAAAACAAAGAAAGGCAGACUGAGACACACCUAAUGCACUGGAGGAAAUUAAGCCAUCAACACCCCAGGGAAUAGAAUGAAAAAAAAAUUAUUCAGGAACCUCUGGAAAAAUUAUUAAAAUUGAACUGGAAUUUGUAGUUUGAGCUUGCUUCUACAGAUGGAUGUGCCUAAAAAAAAACACUUCAGAUCUUGCCUUGCACUUUUUAAUCUAUUUUAUUUAAAGUGGCAUUGCAUUGUUGGGUAGCUUUUAUAUGUACUUUUUAGUUUAUUAUAUUUGUCUUUGAACUAUUUUUCCUUGCUGUGAAGGAUUUCACAUGGGGGAGAAAGAACCUGUUUUAAAAGUAGGUCUAUUUAUAACAAGGGGUACUGCUUUAUUUUUACCAUGAUCAUGUGCAAUGAUUUUCAACCAAGCUAACAGUGUGAUUAGGUGAUGUCAGAUGGUUGAUCUGGCAUCUAAGUGGUUCCUCAUCCACAAACUUUUGCUUGUUCAUUUUUAACAGAGUUGUAAAAAUGUUCUAAAAUUAGGGAAUAUAUUUCUUUUUGUAAAAUCUAUUUGUUAUAUAAGAGUUUAAAAUGAAAGUAGUUGUCACUGCUACAUUGUGUAUGUGCUUGGAGGGAGAAGUGUGUGACUGAAUAUAUGUAUUUUAAGUGAUUUUAAAAAUGUUUUGGUGGGAUAUCAUAUUUAAACUAUUUUUUACAUCAUGUAGAAUUACAAAAAAAAAAGUUGUAAUUUGUAUGUCUUGUUCGUGACGUAUUUAUAGCUGCUUGUUGUUAAAAGUUGUUAGAAUCAGGAAUGUCCAUUUACUCUUGCUUAAAUAGUUUCCCACUUUAAAUGAAAAUUAAAAACUCACCGGCGAAUGUUGUCAUUCUUCUUAGUUCUUAAACCAGUAAAUAAAACAGGAAGGGAUGGCCUGGUCUCAGAUUUACAACCAAAUAGAUGAUGAAGGCAUCUUUCCAUGGGAAUGCUUGACUUCCUUAAUUGGUUUAAUGUUCACAGUAGCUUGGAGUGCUGGGACUGAUCUACCUGAGAUGAGUUUUUAUAUUGUGUACCUUUUCAUAUUCUUGGAGCCAAAUCUGUGUAUUCUAGUUCUUACUGCCAAGGAAAUUGGUCCAAGAGAUUCUCAAUCUUCAGAGAAACUGGAUUUAUUGAAAUGUGCUUAUAGGCACCUAUUUUGAUAUGUGCUUUUGCUGUCCUUGAUUAGGUUCAAUGAUCGUCAGAAUGCAGUUCAGGUCCAAAGUGAAUCAGCUCAGGCUUCCCUAUAUUAAACUCCAUCUUAUUUACAUUUCAUUUGUGACUUUUGCCUCCCAUCUACACAACUAAUGGUGCCUCCUAACUAAAUAUUGUUUCCAAACUUAGUUUCUCUCUCACUUCUUUCCCCUUCCCCUUCUCCCCCCUCUUCCUCUUCCCCUUCCCCUCCCCCCACCACCAAGAGAAAAGGUGAAACCCUUCAUGCAGAUCCUUUGAAACACUUGUCUCAGCCAGACCUUUGUAAAAUAUUCUCUUUAUCCCAACAAUUAUUGUUAAUGGCCUAUGUCAUGUAGUUAAGUCCAAAUUCUUACGAUCUUGUAUUUUUUUAAAUACCCUUUAGGGUAUUUGGAAAUGAUGUAUAUAAACACAUCCUGUAUUCAGCUGAUCUGAACCAUUCCUCCAGGUUAGUCAGUAUGACUUGCUCUUUGAUAAUCUAUGCUAACUUUCUAACCAGUUGAUAACUUGUAAAAUGGCACAAUCUAUCGGAUACAUUUGAUAUCCUCACAAUUCAUGUGAAACUAACAGGUCAAACUGUCAUUUUCCAAGAAUGUCAGCCUUAAUUUUUCAAAUCCAAAGGUAUAAUUCCCAAAUUUAGACAACUUUGCAAAGUAAUAACUAAGACAUCUGCAGUUUCCAUGGUUGACGUUAUCAUUACAUGAAAAUAUAUAUCCUUGAGUUCAAAGGCUUCAAGCUAAUACAACAGUAUGUCAUUUUAGUCGUCUAAAAACUUUUGGCCAAGGUAUCUUGAAAAGAUAGUGUCUCUGAAUAUUUCUCUCAUGCUGUGUUGUAGUUGUUCUCCUUUGUACGUUUAAUUUGAAGUUGUUUUGAAGCGUGAGGAACACUAUAUAUCUUGUUAUUGUUCUGCUUAUCUAAUGGAAUUACCUUACACUUGUUAAGUAUGUCAAAGCAUUGUUUGUUCAUGUUGCUUUGGGAUGUUCAUCAUGACCCCAGAAGCUGGAAUAUAUCACUACAGAUUUCUCGGUAAGGUAUGUGCAGUACAGUAAAACUGUGAUAAUCUGGUACCCUCGGCAUUUUAGUAGUUUGGCACUAGCACAUUUUCUGGAUCAUUGGCUGUUACUGCUAUCUUCACUUUUUACAUGCUUCAUAGUAGAAUAAUAAGUUUUCUGGUGAACCCAGUGAGUUUUAGAUGGAGCAAGAAAUAUACAGUAAACACUCUAGACCCUGGCUGCACACUACCUGCAGCUCACACUUAAAGUGAGCCUUAUGCCAAGCCAUCAGUAUUUGAACGAUUGGAUGGUGGAUUAUCAGAGCUUUACUAUGUAAUGAAAGAAAUGCCUUCAUAAUCCUGGUUCAUAGCAGUGACUCCUUUGAGAGCAACUAUUUGCCAUGACAGAUUAUCAUUAUUGGUAAUAUUGACAUUAGCUGUGAAAUUACUAUGCCAAAUUGGGGGGUGGGGUUAAAGUUAGUUCUGUACAAUGGGGGUUGUUUGACAUUUAUGCUUGGGUACAGUGUAUUAAUGUCCAAGUUGAACGGUCUCUGUUGCGUUCAACUCCAAGAUGAAUGAAUAAGUGUAGGUUGACGGAAUUAUUUUCAAUCCAUGGUGCCCCAAGCAAUGUGCCUUAACUGUAUUCUGAAAGCAUUAGUGUAAUUUUUCUUUCAUUUCACAUGCUUGCUUCCUUUGAGUAAUAUUGGCAGUCUAGUGGCAGAUAGUGACCAUGCACACAAAUUGAAAGUGCUAAGAGUAAAUUUGUAUGGGACUUGUAUAACCAAAGGCACAUUUUUGUAAGCUUUGCCUAGAAUUGAACCCAAGUCCACAAACAAAAGAUUGCUGCUUAGGUACAUUGAUGUGAACCUUGAAUAUGCUAUAUUAAACUCCUGGUCAGUAUUUGAUGUGAAACUGUUUUAUUUUAAACACUUGAUCCAAUGAAUGUCUUAUCUAAAACAAUCUAAUGUGGACAAGUCAUUGAUCUGAGGCAAGUACCAAUUCCCUCCUAUGCCUCUUAAAAGGUGAAUAAUGGAAGGCUAGUGCUUGAAUUUUCUGUACAUGUUUUUUUGCAGUAAUUAUAUUUCCAUUCUGUUUGGUUGUAAAUAAAUUAAGGUGUUGAAAGUUGUGGA